AUGUUAAAUAUAUUUGAUUCAUUAUUCUCAAAUGAUUCAUUAUCAUUAAACAACAAAAAUGUUGUGAUUACUCAAUCAAAUGUGAAUUUAUUAUUUUCUCUUAUUUCUAAUAAUAAAAACAGUGAACAACAACCAUUAGAACAAGAUGAUGAAUAUGUAAUCAAUUGUUUAAUAACUAUUUUACGUCUUCUUCAUCAAACAUCAUUGGAUCAACGACAUGUUGAUUUAACUGCCUAUAUUCAAGAAUUAUUUCAAUCUAUUGAAAAUUUAUUUUCAAAUGAAAACAACAGUGAACAAUUUGGAUUAAAUAUAAUUAAAUCAUUAACACAAUUAUUACAAGAUUAUAAUGAUCGAGCAGCAUUAAAAAUUGAAUUUUUAAAAGCAAAUUGUUUGAAAUCAAUAGAACUUAUUUUAUCUAAACAAAAUAAUCAACUUGUUAUUUGUACAAUUCUAUUAUUUAUUAUUAAAUUUAUUUAUAAUUCAGAAAAUGUUAGACAAUCAUUUCUUGAGUAUGGUGGUUAUGAGAAGAUAUUUGGUGCGUUACAACAUAUUCAAACACCUACAACAGAAUUUAUUAACGAAUUAAUUGGAUUGAUAACUGAAACGACAACUGUUCAGAUGUUAUGUGAUAAUGAUACGACUCCUGCACCCGGUUCAUCAUCUCAACAACCUAUUAUUGACUUAUUUGUAUUAUUAAUUAAUCCUCAUAUUGCUGUAUCUUUAAUUUAUUGGUUACCGUAUAUUAAAUCUGUUGAAUCUCAACAGAAAAUUGUUUAUUCAUUAAAUAUAGUUUUUUUUCGUUCAUUACAAAAUAAAAUGACUGCAUGCUCAAAUGGAAUUGUUAUGGCAUUAAUUAAAAUAUUAGAUCAUAAACCACAAUAUGAUAAAAUUGUUCUCGAUACAAUAUUGUCUAUGUUAGAAAAAUUAUGUCGAUUUUCAAUAACACCAAUUGAAUUAAAACAAAUAUUUUCAUAUUAUAAUAGAAUGCGUUCUCGUACAAAGGUAGAUGAAAUACAUGAAAAAAAAGAAGAAGAUGAAGAAGAAUUUCUCUAUAGAAAACAAGUAUUAAGAAUAAUGACAACAGCAGCUAAACACGAUGAUCAAGAUGGUGAAAAUGUUUCCUCUUAUUUUGAUUUACAACGAACAAAUAGCGGUAUUAUUGUUCCGUCCAUAAAACGUUGGCCAGGUUCUCAUAUAACAUUUUAUUGUUGGCUACGUCUUAAUCAUGAAGUAGAAUCUUAUCCGUAUGAUCAACGUCGUCAAUUAUAUAGUUUUUAUUCUGAUAAUGGUUUAGGUUUUGAAGCAUUUCUCGGUGCCGGUAGUACAUCAUUAUAUUUAAUUGUUAGUGAUCGUAAAGAAUUAACCUAUGUUGAAAUACCCGAAUGUGAUUUAAUUGAUGGAUGUUGGCAUUCAUUAACAAUUGUUUAUUUUCAACAAAAAUCCAUGUUUUCAUCAUUUCAAACAUCAACAACAUGUCAUUUAUCAAUUUAUAUUGAUGGAUGUUUAAAAAAAGAUGUUAAAGAUUUUAAAUAUCCAACUGUAUCAGAAAUAUUUACAAUGGCAAGUAUCGGUUCAUCUAGCCAACGACCACAUUCAAAAUCAUCAAUUUUAAAUAGUGGAAAUAAAAGUCAAUCAAAAUUAACGGGUAAAAUGGUUCAACCAUUUAAAGGUUUAUUUAUGAUGGCAUCUGGUACACAACAACAAAUGAAUAAAAUUGAUAAAACUCAACAAAAUGUCUUUACUACUACGGAUCCAAAUUGUCAAGAUACACUAUUUGGACAAUCGACAGCGUUACAUGGACAAAUGGCAUUUGUCUGGCUUUUAUCGGAUGCACUACAAGAAUAUGAUAUUAAACAAUUACAUGCACUUGGAGCUGAUUUUUUUCAUCCUCACUCAUCGCUAUUACAAUCUUCAUCAUCUGCAUCCGUCAUUGAUGCUCAACCAUUUGAUCACUUAACCAGUGAUUUAUUAGCCACAAAAACAAUUUUAGCCUAUCAUCCAUUGGCUUGUAAAGAUGUUUUAUGUGUCGAUAUAUCGGGUAAUACACAAAUGAAUGGACGAUUAAAUAAUGGCACAUAUUCUCGAAUUUAUUCUUAUUCAAACUCACUUUUAUCCAUUGGUGGUGUACCAACACUUUAUCCUUUAUUUGAAUGUUUUGAUGAACAAUAUUAUCAGAUGAAUCAACCAGCUAUUAAAUUAUUUUCACCUAUUGAAGCACCAUUAGACACAAUUCCAGAUAGUCAAAAUUGCGAUUGGAUUAUUGUUCGUAGACGUUCUCAAAGAAAUAAUUCAUAUAUUGAUAAUCGUCUUCAAUCAAAUCCAUGUGCUACAAUUUUAAAUUUAAUUCGUUGUAUAUUUUCAUCAUCAAAAUAUAACUCACUUCAUAUUGAACAAAUGUGUCGGGAUUAUAAUGUUGAAAUAUUACAAAAAUAUCUUUCAUCUAUUCCACAAUGUUUUAUUGAUCAAGAAUUACUCAUAGCUAUUCAACAAAUUAUUGAAUGUUUAAAAUUAUGUGAAUCAAUAUCGAUUGUACGAACAUUAAUUAAUUCUCUCGUACAAUAUUUACUUUUAGAUUUUAAUCUAUGGAAUAAAGCAAAAAUAAAUGUUCGAAUUAUGCACAUACAAUAUUUAACAACAAUUAUCAAAGAUGAUCGAAAAUUUUUUAGACAUAAAUUUGGUGUACAAUAUCUGUUGGAUUGUAUCAAACAACAUUUCAGUCAUUCUGAUGAUGACAUUGAAAAUGAAUCAAAAAUAAUUCGUACUGGUAUUAUAAGUAUAAUGAAAUUCUACAUGCAACGUAAAAUUAAAUUUGAUGAAUUAAAUUCUAUUUUAUCCUUUAUAUCGACGACAACGUCGAACGAUAUUCUCGUUCAGGAAAUGCUUAACUUUAUUAUUGCAUUACUCGAAACAUCUGCAUCGUCAGAAUUAACUAUUACAUUUCUUUGUGAACCAAAUAUGGCUGAUAAUUUGUAUUCAUUAAUCACUAUUAAAGAUCUAGCAACAGUAACAAAAGAAAAAACACUUCAGAUAAUCAAAUAUUUGUUAGCGUCAAAACGUGUUCCAGUUCAAGUUAAAUCAUUGUUAAGAUUAGAAAAUAAUAUUGGCUUUGGUGGAAUUAUAUCGUCAUUGAAUUCAAAUGAGUUAUCUGUAGCAAUUGUUCGUGAAAUACUCAAUAUUGUUACUAUGUCCGAUAAUACAAUUGCUGUUGAUCAUUUAAAUAUAAUAUUAACAUUGUGUAGUGCAGCAUCACUUGACGUACGAUACGUUGCAAUGAGAAAAUUAAUGUCAUGUUUUAUUGCACAUCCGACUGCUUGCAAAGCCUAUUCGAAGUGUUAUGGUUGGCAUGAAACAUUAGCUCAUUUUUUUAUUAAAACUCGUCAUCGUUCAUUAUCAAUAAUUAAAAGUGAUCAAUAUGACACAGUUUCUCCUAAUCCGCGUCCCUCAUUAUCUUCAACAUCAUCACUUGAUCAAUUAGCCAUAUUAACAAAAACUGGUAAUGAUUCUGGAAAUAUCAGUGAUUAUCUUAUUAACAGUGCUCAACAACUAAAUAGUGAUGGUCUACUAACAACUCAACCUCUUCCACCAAAAGUCUAUGAAAUAUCGUCUAGUCCAGAAGAUCCAAAUCAACCAUGUCAAGUACGUGAAAUAUUAUUAUCACCAAUCACCUCUCAAGAACAACAACAAGAUGAUGAAAAUAUAACACCAAGAAAUUCUUUAACGCUCAGUUCUUCAUCCUUUUUAUCACCACUCAUUACAAAUUCAUCAAGAGACUCAGCCUUAACCGGUACACCCGAGUUUAUUCGACGAAAUACCAAAGAUAAUUUUGAUUCUGAAGAUCUAAUAACCACAACAUCACCAUCAUCAGUAUCCGAUUUUGAUAGUAAUGCAGGUGGAGAUUUAAUUUCAUCAAAAUCAAAUGAAGAUUUUUCAUCGGUUCUAAUUCGUGACUCAGCUCGUACAUGCCAAACAGAGCCAACAUCACCUGUUGAAAAACACAAUGAUUAUCAUUCGCAAAAUGGAUGUGAUUUAUCAUCUAGAUAUAAAAGUACAUUAAAUAUAGAUGAUUCGAGUAAUAAUAAUACUGUUGAUGGAGAAUAUAAUGAAUUUAUGUCAAAACUUAGAAAUAUUUUAGGCAUAACAAGUACAUCAUGUAUCUAUGAUGAACUUUUCAAGAGUGAUGUUAGUUUUGAUGUUAAUGCACAAGAAUAUUCUAGUAGUUUACUUGAAGAACUAUGUGAAACAUUAAUACUAGCCAUUGUUAUGAUACUCUGGAAAGGAAUAACGGGUUCAGAUGAUGAUAGUUGGAGUUUACGUGGUCAAAUAUUUUCAGCAUUACGUCAUCUAAAUAAAGAAUAUGAAUUUUAUUUACCAUUGACUUAUAUUGAAAGACGCAUACUUGAAUUAAGUUUAGAAACAUGUUUAAAUGAUAUUGAACAAAAUGGAGGUCAAAUAACACCACUUCAAGAUGCUAAUUGUCGUGAAUUAAUUAAAUUAGUAGAAGAUUUUUUAACAGAAGAUAAUCAUUUGGAAUUAAGAAUUAGUGAUAAUUUAGUAAACGAUGCAUUGCUUGUAUUUGAAGAAAAUGUGGAUUAUCAAGCGCCUAUCAAUGAACAAUGGACAGAAAUAUCUUUAACUGGUUUAAAUUUGUUACUUAUUCUUUUAGAAAAUGAUAAUGUUUCACAUUGUGCAGAUGCCAGUGUUCGUAUUCAUAGUCUAUUACAUAGUCGUCCAUUAAAUGGUAAAGAAGAAGCAUCAUAUCUUAUUACAUGUGUUAAUCGUAUUAUGUCAAUUAAAAGUGAAAAUCAAGAACAUUAUCCAUAUUUAAUACCUAUUAUGAAAACACUUGUAGAUAAAAGUUAUUAUCUAUUACAAAUGAAUGUUCAAAUACCAAAUAUUCCACUACAUAAAGCAGCACCCUCAUUUUUAGAAGAUUUUAAAUCAUAUUGUCAAACAGCUGAAUGGUGUACAUUUAUACAAAAACAAUGUCAACCACUUAGUGAACAUUAUAAAUCAAUGAGUAUAAAACCAUUUAAAAUGAAUAUGAAAAUAUGGUGGAAUAAUACAUAUGAAAUGAUGAUGAUUGGUAUACACAAACGAAAUAGACAAAUUGGAGAAGAAAAAUUAAGAUUUCAAAGUCAAAUACUUGAAUUAUGGCGUGCUCGUCGUCGUACUGAUCAAACACGUUAUUCAAAAUUUUUAAAUCUUCAACGUUUACAUCAAGAUCAUGUUGAUACAGAAUGGUAUGAAAAACAAAAAUAUUUUGAACGUGAACGUGGUCCAUGGAAUUCAUUUUUAUCAAAUCAUAUCCGUUGGAUGUUAUCAUCACGUGAAAAUAUUCAUCGUAUGAGAUGUAAAUUAAUUGAAAAUUCUAAAUUUGAUGAACAUGAAGAAUCAAGUCGAUUACGAGAUAAUUUAGAUUGUAAUACAUCAGAUGAAUUUAAAAAAAAAUUAUUUGAAGAAAAUUUAAAAAAUAAAGAAUUUUUAAUUCAAAAAGAAUUAUUAGUAACAACUGAUGAAUCAAAUGAGGAACAAAUAUCUCCUAAUCAAGAAGCACAAAAUAAUUUAUUAUUAGAAGAAAAAGAAAAAAUGGUAAUUGGUAGUAAAUGUUCAUUAAUAACAAUUACAUCAGUAACCGAGGGUAAAUUAGAAAUAACAAAUAAAUAUAUUUAUUUUUUUGAUUUUAUUUCGUCAAAUAAAAAUGAUUUAAAAUAUCCACUUCAUUGGUUACAAGAUAUUCAUUUGAGACGUUACAAUUUACGACCAUCAGCACUUGAAUUUUUUUUAAUUGAUCAAACAAAUUUUUUAUUAAAUUUUGAUAAAAAAACACGUCGACAAAUUUAUCAAAAAUUAAUGUCAUUACGUUUACCAAAUAUGAAAAGUGUCUUUUCAAUAUCAUCAACUAUUACACCAUCAGAAAUAUUGCGUGAAUCACGUAUUACUGAAAAAUGGGUUAAUCGUGAAUUAUCAAAUUUUGAUUAUUUAAUGAUGUUAAAUACAAUAGCUGGUCGAACAUUUAAUGAUCUUAAUCAAUAUCCAAUAUUUCCGUGGAUUGUCAAAGAUUAUAAAUCAGAAAAAUUAGAUCUUACAAAUCCAGAAACAUUUAGAGAUUUAUCGAAACCAAUUGGAAUACAAAAUCCAAAACAUAUGGCUGAAGUUAAAUUCAAAUACGAGUCAUUUGAUGAUCCAUCUGGACUCAUGAAAAAGUUUCAUUAUGGUACUCAUUAUUCAAAUGCGGCCAGUGUCAUCCAUUAUCUGAUAAGAAUGGAACCAUUUACUACUUUACAUAUUCAAUUGCAAAGUGGAAAGUUUGACAUCGCCGAUAGACAAUUUCAUUCAUUUCAUAGUUCAUGGCUAAAUAUUCUUGAUAGUCCAAAUGAUGUAAAAGAGUUAAUACCAGAAUUUUAUUAUCUACCAGAGUUUUUAAUUAAUUCAAAUCAAUUUGAUUUGGGACGUUUACAAUUAACAAACACAAUAUUGAAUGAUGUUGAACUUCCACCGUGGGCUCAAAAAUCUGUUGAAUGUUUUAUUUAUCAAAAUCGUUUAGCAUUAGAAUCUGAUUAUGUCAGUGCUCAUUUAAAUGAAUGGAUCGAUCUUAUUUUUGGUUAUAAACAGCAGGGUCAAGAAGCAAUUGAUGCUUAUAAUGUAUUCAUGUAUUGUUCGUAUGAGAAAGCCAUUGAUGUUGAUGCUAUUAAAGAUGAAAUAACGAGGCAAGCAAUUGAAGGCAUGAUUCAAAAUUUUGGUCAGAUACCAUCGCAACUAUUAUUCGAAGAACAUCCAAAACGAAAGACAAAAGAGCAAGUACUUAUCGACUGUGAAGUACAAGGAAAGGCAAUGAAUAUAUUUUUAAAUUUGGGUCAUAUUCGAGCAUUUUUUGUUGAAAUAACAUCACCGGAUGAAAAAUUAUGUGAUCCAAUAACAUUUAUAAGUAUUCCCAAAAAUCAAAUACGUUCAUUUAUGCAACAAGGUAUACCAGACACAUUAGUAACAGUGAGUGUCAAUGGAGUUGUGGGAAAUAAUGGUUGGCAACCGUAUGAUAAAUCAUUGAGUAAUUUUUUUACAUUUGAAAGAGAUCCAACAUUACAAACAGAAAGAAAUCGUCAUAUCAUUGCUGCUCCAUUUGCUCCUGGUCUUGAAAUAACAUCAAAAUUAUUUUCGACUAGUCACGAUGCCAAAUAUUUGUUUAGUGGUGGUCAUUGGGAUUUUAGUUUACGUGUUUAUAGUUUAUUGAAAAAUAAAAUUAUUUCAAGUGUAAUCAAACAUCUUGAUAUUGUCACAUGUUUAACAUUAGAUUCUACAGGGACUAUUCUUGUUUCCGGUUCAAAAGAUAAAACAUCCAUCACUUGGCACGUUCAAGAAAUGGCAGUAACAACGCCAACAAAUAAGAGUAGUAGCGGUAGUUUAACAUUAGUACCAACAAAUAUACUGUAUGGACAUGAUGCUGAAAUAACAUGUGUAGCUAUAUCGAUUGAGUUAGAUGUUGUGGUGUCCGGUUCACUCGACGCAACUUUGCUGCCGAAUGUUGAAUUACCUCCUACAUUUCAAACUCUAACUGUUCCAAUUCGACAAAUUCGAUUAUCAGAUGAACGACAUGUUCUUGUGCAAACAAGUUCAGAUGAUGAUUCAUCAAUGUUACACUUGUAUUCAAUAAAUGGAAAAUUAAUUCAUCGAGAACCAAUUUCGUAUUAUGUGGUCGAUUUUCUUCUUUGUGAUAGUAAAUAUGUUGUCAUUGCUAUUAACAUCUUACAACAUCAUCAACAAAAACAUUCACCAGCACCAAUAUCAGGGACGACACCAAAAUCAACUGUUGUCGCAAGAAUUAUUAUCAAAGACAUGUUCGAUAUGAAAACAAUUCAAACAAUUCGUUUACGUACUCAAAUUAAUUGUUUACAUUUUACAAAAGAUUUUAGUCAUCUUUUAGUUGGUGUUAAAGAUGGCAAAUUAAUUGUCUUAACAGCUGAGAAAAAAGCAAAUAAUUCUACAACAACAGCCUCAAAACUGAUCAAAAAAUAG